CUCAGCCCUGAAGCUUGGAGCAGGGUAGGGGUCCAGCAUGAAGCCCCCGGACCGCCCCGCCCCUGGCCGCACUGACCGGAUACUAGGGGUCAUGGGGGGCAUGCUGCGCGCAUGCGCCCUCCCCGGGCAGGAGGGGCCCCCGAAGAGAAGCCCCCUAGGGCCGGGGGGUCCCGAUCCAGAGUCCGACUGCACGGAGGGAGAUCAGAGAGGGGAUCGCGAGCGGGAGGUCCUCGCCUGGGCCCCGCAGCCCGAAUCCUAUUCCAUUGCUGGCAGUGAGGGGAGUAUAUCGGCUUCCGCUGCCUCCGGUCUGGCUGCUCCUUCUGGCCCCAGCUCCGGCCUCAGCUCUCGCCCCUGCUCCCCGGGCCCCCCAGGGCCAGUCAGUGGCCUGAGGAGAUGGCUGGAUCAUUCCAAACAUUGUCUCAGUGUGGAAACGGAGGCAGACGGCGGUCAAGCAGGGCCAUGUGAGAACUGGAUGCUAGAGUCAGCUCUAGCCACAGGAGAGGAGCUGCCAGAACUCACCUUGCUGACCACAUUGCUGGAGGGCCCAGGAGAGAAGACACAGCUACCUGAAGAGGAGACUUUGUCCCAAGCCCCCGAGAGUGAGGAGGAACAUAAGAAGAAGGCUCUGGAAAGGAGUAUGUAUGUCCUGAGCGAACUGGUAGAAACAGAGAAAAUGUACGUGGACGACUUGGGGCAGAUUGUGGAGGGUUACAUAGCCACCAUGGCUGCUCAGGGGGUCCCCGAGAGUCUUCGAGGCCGUGACAGGAUUGUGUUUGGGAACAUCCAGCAAAUCUAUGAGUGGCACCGAGACUAUUUCCUGCAGGAGCUACAGCGAUGCUUGAAAGAUCCUGAUUGGCUGGCUCAGCUAUUCAUCAAACACGAGCGCAGGCUGCAUAUGUACGUGGUGUACUGUCAGAACAAGCCCAAGUCAGAGCACGUGGUGUCAGAGUUUGGGGACAGCUACUUUGAGGAGCUCCGACAGCAGCUGGGGCACCGCCUGCAGCUCAAUGACCUCCUCAUCAAACCUGUGCAGCGGAUCAUGAAAUACCAGCUGCUGCUCAAGGAUUUUCUCAAGUAUUACAGUAGAGCCGGGAAGGACACCGAGGAACUGGAGCAAGCUGUGGAGGUCAUGUGCUUCGUGCCCAAGCGCUGUAAUGACAUGAUGACCCUGGGGAGACUGCGGGGAUUUGAGGGCAAACUGACUGCUCAGGGGAAACUCUUGGGCCAGGACACAUUCUGGGUGACGGAACCUGAGGCUGGGGGGCUGCUCUCUUCCCGGGGUCGAGAGAGGCGGGUCUUCCUCUUUGAGCAAAUCAUUAUCUUCAGCGAGGCCCUGGGAGGAGGAGUGCGAGGUGGAACGCAGCCUGCAUAUGUGUACAAGAGCAGCAUUAAGGUGAGCCGCCUAGGACUGGAGGGGAACCUCCAAGGUGACCCCUGCCGCUUUGCACUGACCUCCAGAGGGCCGGAGGGUGGGAUCCAGCGCUACGUCCUGCAGGCUGCAGACCCUGCCAUCAGCCAGGCCUGGAUCAAGCAAGUGGCUCAGAUCCUGGAGAGCCAGAGGGACUUUCUCAACGCACUGCAGUCACCCAUUGAGUACCAGAGACGAGAGAGCCAGACCAACAGCCUGGGACGGCCAGGAGGGCCUGGGGUUGGGAGCCCUGGGAAAAUGAGGCCGGGAGAUCGGGCCCAGGGCAGCACAUACGCCCCCAUCAACGGCUCUCUCCCCGCCCUACUGCUGUUACCAAAAGGGGAGGUGGCCAGAGCCCCCCGGCCCCUGGACACACAGGCUCUCAGUGACGUCCCCCAGGCACCUCCUGACUCUCCUCCAAUCCCAACUCCAAAGACCCCUCCCUGCCAGGCCAGACUUGCCAAGCUGGAUGAAGAUGAGCUGUGACUGGUGAAGGCUAUGGGGGUGUGCUGACUCAGCCACCUCUUCUGCCGAGAGUGUCAGGGCAGUCCUUCUGGCCCUGCUCUGCAAUUUGCUCCCUCUUGAUGUGUCUGGAGGGUGGGCAAGGCUGGGGGUGAUGUCGACUCCAACAAGAGCACCUAGACCCAAAGAAACUUCUUUCUGCCCUAGAAACCGGGUUCCUUCAGCUCCCACCCCUCUGCAUGUGUCUACGGUCCCCGCCAAAGGAGGAUGUGGGUGGGUGGGAGGGCUGGGGCAGGGGCCAGACAGAAAUUAUUGGUUUUGUUUUUGACUUUGUUUUUCCUGGUUUCUGAGAAUAAAGGUUUUGUUAUAUCUCCAA